AUGUGCGAGAAUAAUGACAAUAGGUCAUCGUUCAUGAGGAAUGUCAUCAGCCAUCAGCCUAGACUCAACUCCUCAAAUCCGAUUGUAAACCAACCACAUAGUACUGUAGACAAUGCAAACCAAACGAAUUCAGAUGAUAGUAAUGGGAACAGGAAAGAUGGAGAACAACAGAUUGGAGAAAUCAUGGAAGAAGAUGGCAGUGGAGUGAGAGAAAGAAAAGUUACAAGAAAAAGAUUCCAAGCAUGUAAACAAUUUUAUUGUGGGACACUAGAAAUUAGUCAAAAGCCGAUUUACACUGUUUAUAAACAUAGAACAGAAGCAAACACACUUCAAAGAAGUUUACAAGGGAAGAAUAGGAAAAGGUAUACCUCAGAUAAAGCAGAAGGUCUCGUCAGACAACAUAUCAAUAGAUUUCCUAUUAUGGAAAGCCAUUACUGCCGGUCUGAUACUAAAAGAAGUAUGAGCGCUAACAACAGACUGACUAACUCUGAAUACAAUAAGACUGGAUGA